UCUCCUCCUCCUUCCGUCGCCGCACCAUUUUUGGCCAUUCCGAGCUUAAUAAGGAGCAGCUCAUGGCCACACGGCCAACGCCGGGGUCGCGAGACGGCAGCAGCGCACGCCCACGAAGCACGAGCGGCAGACCCACCACGUCGUCGAGCGCGCGCCCGGCCAGCUCCGACCACACCUCCUGCCGACGCGCACGCGCCUCCCUCAGCCCCUCCCCGGCGUCAGAGUCGGACAAGCCGGUGCCGUCCUUCCUCCGCCCCACCGUCAGCUCGAGCCUGCGCAGCGCCUCCCCGUCGUCCUCCACCUCCAGACCGCCCUCCUCCAAGGGCCGCGCCACCACGCCCAAGGGGCUGUCCCCGGCGCACCCAGCGGCGCGCGCUCCAAGUCCGAUCGCGCCCAAGCGGUCCCCCGCGCAGCAGCCCGCGAGCUCGCAGCGGCCGAUCACGCCCAAGCGGCCCCCUGCGCAGCCGGUGAACGCGCCGCGGCCGAUCACCCCGGCCAUGGACAAGUCCAAGUCCAAGGCGUCCACGUCGCGGUGGUCCGUGGCGUCGCCGAGGCAGCUGAUGCAGAAGGCGUCCCACGCCUUCAAGGUCGGCAGGUCCCGCAGCAAGAAGAGCAAGGACCUGGCCGGCCCCGCGGCCGAGGCGGUGGCGUCCGCGAAGGAGACGUCCGGUGCUUCCGGCGAGAUCAACGCCGAGGCGGCGAGACCCCCUCCCGUGCCGGAGCAGCAGCGCCGCCCCCCUGAAAUGACUGCCGCGACACCUCUCGACGUCGUGCAAGCAGAGGUGGUCGUGGAGCCCAACGCUGCCCUACAGGUACUGCAGGAAGCGGCUUCGCGACCGGGAGAAAUUGUCAGUAAUGAAAUCAAGACAGAGGAGGAGGUGAGUCAAGAGGAGCAGGUAAUGCCAGAAGAGUCGAGAGCAGAAGCAGAGAAGGCGAAUGCCAUUGACGAGGAGAAGGUGAUGCCGGAGGAGUCCGUGGAAGCCGUGAAGGUGGAUGAGCCGGCGCCGGAAGAGAAUCCGCAAGCCGGCAACGUUGAAGGGACACAAAAGGAAGCUGAGAAGAUUACAGAGGAUGAACCUCCGCCGCCGGCCGCCGUUGUGGAAGAACCAGCGAAGGAGGCAGCAGCGCCGCUGAACGUGCAAGAUGUACCGGCGGCCAGCACGGUUCAAGAGGAAGCCGUCGUGGAGAAACCGAAAGAACAACCCGCCGCCACGCAGAAGCAGGCGGAAGCCGCCGAGGAGCCCAAGGUGAUCGCGGCAUCCAAGGCAUCAUCGGUGCGGGCGACGUCGCUGGAAGAAGCUCUGGAGGAAGUGGACACGGUGACCAAGGUGGGCACUUCGCGGUCAGAGCCCGUGACACCGGCGAAGGUAGCCAUCAACAAGGAGAAGGCGGCGAUCGACACGAUCUUGAGCGCUUCGGAGCCAACGACGCCGUUGAAAGGAGCCGCCAGGAAGGAAGGGGCGGCGUCGUUCAUGGGGAAGAUUCCGGAGGAGGGUCGGCUGAGUUUCAAGGGGAGCAGGGUAAAGACGGCGAUGGAGAAGCGGCCGGAGGAGGCGCAUCCCAAGAAGAAGGAGGCGUCGCGGAGCAACGACGUGCUGGAGGAGACCAAGAGCAAGCUGCUGGAGAAGAAGAAGAGCAAGGUGAAGGCGCUGGUGGGGGCGUUCGAGGUCGUCAUGGACAGCCCCCGCGCGUCCACGCCGGGCCCGGGCAGAUCGGCCCCGAGGUUCUGAUUCUGGUUCGGAGGGAAAAAGCUCCAGUGGCGACCGUGUGGAUUGAAAUUUGAAUUGUGUGGUGUUCAUGGUGCUUUGGGAUAUGAUAUGAUGCUAUGCCAUGUUCUUUUUGUUGGUUAUAUGUAUGUUGAUCACUGAUUUUUGUUGGUCACUGAAUUAAAACAGAGUUUUUAGA